AUGCUAAGAUCCACUUCACAAAUUCCCAUUAUUUGGCUUCUGCUACUAUUGCUGCUAUCUACAAUAAUAUUUGAAAGGUGCAAUAGUAUGCAGUUUGCUAAAUGUAAUGAAAAGGAUCGUUCUGCACUGCUCAACUUCAAACUUGGCGUGGACAGUCCUUCCUCCAACAGGCUUUCCUCUUGGUCUAUCAAUGAAAAAGAUUGCUGUUCAUGGAAAGGAGUUCAAUGUGACAACACCACUGGAAGAGUUACAGCACUUGAUCUUCACCAACAAUACUUGGAAGGUGAAAUCAACUUGUACUCUUUGUUUCAAAUUCAAUCUUUGACCUACUUGGACUUGAGCUUGAAUGGCUUUACAACUCUAAGUAGUUUCGAUGAAUCACAUGAUUAUAAUCACAACUUGUCUAAUAUUCAGUACCUAGACUUGUCCUUCAAUGAUGAUCUUCACUUAGAUAACCUUAACUGGCUUUCCAAAUUCUCUUCAUUGAAAUCUCUCAACCUUAGUCAAAUUAACCUUCAAAAUCAAUCAAACUGGUUUCACAUCAUGGAUAUGCUGCAUGCAUCACUGUUAGAGCUGAGAUUGUCAAGUUGCCAUUUGACCAAUAUCUUUCCAUCCACUAAGCAUGUGAGUUUUACUAAAUCCCUUGUGACCCUUGAUCUCUCUGCAAACAAUUUUGAUUCUGAAUUACCUGCUUGGCUGUUUGAUCUCGGCAGCAAUACAAAUAUCUCCCAUAUUGACCUUAGCUUCAAUGUUUUACAAGGCCAAAUACCCAAGAGCUUGUUAAACCUUACAAAACUUGAAUUUUUAAGGCUGAGUAACAAUGAACUAAAUGGAUCUAUUCCGGAUUGGUUAGGACAACAUCAAAAUUUAAAAUAUCUUAAUCUAGCCGAGAAUUUGUUUCACGGUUCUAUCCCUUCAUCUCUUGGAAAUCUAUCUUCCCUAGUUGAUUUAAGUAUCGGCUCCGAUUUUCUGACGGGUGUUCUAUCUGAAGAGCAUUUCUUCAAUCUCUCUAACUUAGAAACACUUGUCUUGAGUGCACCUAUUUCAUAUGAUAUGGAUUCUAAAUGGAUUCCUCCAUUUCAAUUGCAAGGGAUAAGUUUAAGCAAUACAAAUCUAGGUCCUAAGUUUCCAGCAUGGAUAUAUACACAAAAGUCACUAGAUUAUCUUGAGGUUCCUAAUUCUAAUGUAUCAUUCAUUGAUGGAGAUACAUUUUGGAAAUUUGUAGCUAAUAUUACACAGCUUAACCUGUCUAACAACAACAUCAGUGCAGAUUUAUCAAAUGUCAUACUAAACUCAGAACUUAUAUUUAUGGACCACAAUAAUUUCAGAGGAGGGCUCCCACAUAUAUCAGCAAAUGUCAUCUAUUUGGAUUUGUCACACAAUUCUUUCUUUGGAACCAUUUCUCCUCUGUUUUGCCACAAAAUAGGUAAGGAAAACAGUUUGGAUUAUUUGGACAUUUCAUCCAAUCUUUUAACUGGAAAAAUUCCUGAUUGUUGGGAGUACUGGAAGGGCUUAUCUUUCCUUUUCAUGGAGAGUAAUAUGCUGACUGGUGAACUUCCACCAUCCAUGGACUCGUUUAUCGAUCUCAUAAUGUUGGAUUUGCAUAACAACAGCUUGUCUGGUAAUUUUUCAUUGGACCUGUCAAACUUAAAAAAUUUGGAAUUCAUUCAUAUUGGAGAAAACAAAUUUUCUGGCACUGUACCAGUGCAGAUGCCACAUGGUAUGGAAGUGAUGAUAUUAAGAUCCAACAAGUUUGAAGGGAACAUUCCACCACAACUGUGCAAUAUCUCUUCACUCAUACAAUUGGAUCUUUCACACAAUAAACUUUCAGGGCCUAUUCCCAAAUGCAUAAACAAAAUCACUGGCAUGGGCGGAGAAAAGAAAACAAGCCAUUUUCCAUUUGAGUUCAAUUUGUAUGCAAAAGGGCAAGAGUUACAGUAUUUAGACUACGGAUUGUUGAGAACUCUCGACCUUUCAGAUAACAACUUAUCAGGUGAAAUCCCCCCACAAGUUUUCAGUCUAGUUCAACUCCAGACAUUGAACUUGUCUCGAAAUCAUUUCACAGGAAAUAUAGCAAAAGAGAUUGGAAACAUGAAAAACUUGGAAUCUCUUGAUCUAUCCAACAAUAAACUUAUUGGAGAAAUCCCUGAUACCAUUUCUACAUUGUCUUUCUUAAGCUUCUUGAAUGUGUCAAACAAUAACCUUGUUGGACAAAUCCCAGUCGGCACUCAGCUUCAGAGUUUUGAUAUUUCUUGCUAUUUUGGGAAUCCUGGACUGUGUGGAGCUCCUCUAGCAUGGGUUUCUGGAGUAUUUGUGGUCCUGUAUUCUUCAACAGGACUUGGAGGCACACUUAUUUCCGACUCCUUAAUCAUGUCGUGGGAUCUUCCAACUGAGGCCGGAAUCGGAGACAGAGUACAUCGAUAA